AUGACAGGUCUCGAUAUAUUGUCUGCUUUUGAGCGCAGCUGUGUCGACACUCUAGAAUCUGAGAUAAGAACCCUCUCUGUGCAUGAGCAGAACACCGUGGCGAGCGGCGAUGGAGAGAGUCGCGAGAUCGACAUACCCAGGACGACCACUCCGGAUAGUGGCUACAACUCAGAGUUCAAUUCACAAUCCGGGAAUCUACCUGUUGUGAACGACAAUCACGAUACUGUGGACUCCGACGAUGAUCGCAACGGGAUCGAACACAACCCGCGCAUAUUUGCGCUCAUUGUUGCCGUCGACGUGUAUCGGUCCGCCAGGGUCCAUAACCUGUCGGGAUGUGCAAAUGAUGCACGAGAAUUCGAAGCUUUCCUGAAGGACGUUUCACGCGUACCGGAUCAGAGGAUCAUGACGCUCUGCAAUGCAGAGGCCACUCGCUAUGCCAUCAUCGACGCGUUCAAAAAGCAUCUCCUGGAGAACCGAGAAAUUCAGGAUGGCGACGCUCUCGUGUUCUUUUUCUCUGGACACGGUAGCUAUGGUCGCGCAUCAGAUGUUUGGUCUACCGAACACGACCGCAUAGAGCUCAUAUGUCCCUACGAUUACCUGACCGAGGAUCACAACGAAGCCAAGUGGGGAAUCCCCGAUCGAACGCUCAGUGGGCUCAUGCACAGAUUAGCAUCCCGCAAAAGCGACAACAUUACUGUCAUUCUCGAUUGUUGUCACUCUGGUGGAAUGUCCAGGGAUCUAGACCAAGUCAAGAUCGAGAAUAACAACUUGAGGCCAGUCAGAUCACCCUCCGAUUGUACAGUCAGGUCAGCCCCGGUAUGCACCAUACCCGUUCCCUGGGAGCUGGAUAGGGAGAUAUGGGAUCAUGUUUCCGGGUCAGCUCGUGAUAUGCUCUCGCAGUCCUCAUCACGGGCUACAUACAACUUGAAGGCCAUGGCAACACACGUCCUGUUGGCCGCUUGUCGCUCCACAGAGCAAGCAAAGGAGGAGCUUUGCCACUACAAGUCCACCAACGGCAUGCGCCAGGACGUCCGGGGGGUAUUCUCCGCCAACCUCAUCACCAUGCUGCGCGAUCUGGGGAGGGAGGGGUUGAAGAACAUCACCUAUUCGCGCUUGAUGGAGGAACUUUCGCGACCUGCAGGCCCCGCUCCCUCAUCGUCCUCCCUCUUCCCUUCUAUCCUCUCUCUCGCAAGCCAACAUCCCCAAUGCGACGGUAUCCACAAAGACAGAGUGCUCUUCAGCACGCGUCGACUACCAGACAUACCCGAUUCCUUUAUAAUGGAGAAGGUGGGGUCUACCUGGCAGGUUCUAGCUGGGACGUUGCACGGCAUUGCAGAGGGCACGCAAUUCGGUAUACCUCGGAUCACGGCAGACUCGCAGACACCCAACAUCGCUCUAGACGCGACGAACGUACGACCCUUGACCUGCGAGGUACGGUGCCCGAACAUUGCCGGCGCGCUUCUCAAUUCCUCCAAUCGUGAACGGGUCGUCGUCACGGAUUGGCACCAGCCUGAUACCCUCGCGACUAACGUGUAUGUCCGGAGUCCCGACGUCAUCCAAGGUCUUCCCCGCAAUUCAUCCUCCGCUAGCACCCUCUAUCGCAUUAGGACCGACGAUAGGAUCGUUCCUGAUCUGACGCUAGAUAGGCUCAUUCAGAGUUCAUCUAGUGGCUGGCGGGUCGAGAGGCUUGACCCAUUGGUGGCGCAUUUCUGCACCGGCAGUCGCGCAUUGGACAUCGUGCCGCACGGCGCACGAAAUGCGUCUUACGUGCUUGACGCGAUUUCCCAGUUCAAUUUCCACUUGUACCGGUUCAAUGUUGCCGAUGUGGACAAGCAAAUCCAUCUCACCGUGCAACUCCACGCCCUGCAGGAAACCAUCGAGACGUUCUGUGACGCACUGAAGAUCAAUCGUCACUACGAGGUCGGCCUCCGCCUCGUAGAGGGCAUAGCACUGGCGGUUCAUCACCACGAUGACACUGUCUACUAUCCUGAACGUGAUGGCGAACGAAGAGUGUCGAGACAGGCGCACUCGACCUUCAGCAUCCCAAGGUCUGUGCAGCAAGCGGUGAUCACGAAUUUUGAUCAUCGUUAUGGCUUCACCUUGGUGAAUCAUUCGGGCGUCGAUCUAUUCCCUUAUGUGUUCUUCUUUGAUCCUCACACUUACGCUAUUCAGAACUGGUAUUCGCCCCCUUGGAAGACCGGCGAAGCACCCCUGUCUGCGAAUGGCGGCCACUUGCGCAUUGGCUACGGAGGUAGCGGUAUUGACGAACUACGCUUCGCUCAUCCAGGAGCCCAUCCCUAUGCGGCUGUUGGAUUCCUCAAGAUUUUCGUGGCUACAUGCUACGUCGAUCUCAACAUCGAACAGCCAUCUCUAUUUGAUCCUCCGGUCGAGAAUCCCCCUCUGCUUACAUCGCAUGAAAAGGCGGUGCAUAUGAACCCCGUUCCUCUCAGAGACAACUGGAAUGCGUGGGUAUACGUGUUGACGUCACAACCUACAGCAGGGAGCAUAUGA